AUGGCGGACUCGGUGGCCGCCAUCACGGGCCUCGACCCCGCCCAGGCGGCCAGCUACCUCGAGAUGGCCGGCGGUGACGUUGAGAUGGCCGUGCAGUUGUUCUUCAGCAUGGCCGAAGGCGAGCCGGCAGCCGCGGCGCCACCGCCAUGGAUCGAGCAGGGCUUCGAGUUCUCCGCAGCGCCCGAGAGCCGUUGCGGCCUGCUGCAGGGCAAGAACGGUCCGUGCGGCGUCCUCGCGGCGGUCAACGCCGAGCUCCUCGCGCAGAAGGGGUGCCCUCCUCCUUCGGCGGCGGCGACGGAGGCAGACCUCCGCGCCGCCCUCGCAGCCAUCCUCUGGCGCUGCGCCUCCGCCGACGCGCCCGCGGGUGCAAAGGAGUCGGUCGCGCAGGAGGUGGUGCUCGCGCGGUGGGAAGGCGCCGUCGGCGGCCCGAUCGUGACAGAGUCGUUCGCGGCGGAUGGCGCCGCCUCCGUCGCCGCCAAUCUCGCGCCCCUGAUGCCGGCGCUGCGGCAGAAGGGCGGCGUCGUGCUGCUCUGCUACGCGUGCGUGCUGACGCGAGGCGUCGAGGCGCUGAUGACUCUCCUCAUGGCGGGGCGGGCGCGCGGCAACGUCGGCGCCUACGGCCAGGACGGCGCCAAGCGACGUCGUAGCGGCGAUGCGGGUAGCGGUGUGGGCGGCGGCGGCUCUGCGUGCCAGAUCCUCUCCCCCUGCUGCUGCGUGGCUUGGUGCGUGGCCGGCGUCCCCCUCGCCGACCCGCUCAAGUCUCCUCCGCUGCCCGUGUACGUGCUGCACGGCGGGGACCAUUUCACCGUGGCCUGGGUCCCGCUGCCGGCCAAAGAGCGCUUCGAGGCGCGCGUCGCCCCUCGCGCCAGUGUGGAGCGGAACGGGCUGCCGCCGGCGCGCGGGCUGCGGUGGUUGCGCCUGCGCGGGGUGGGCGAUGCACUCGCUCCCGCCGCCCCGGCGCCUCCGUCGCUCACGCCAUCGCACUGGCGACUGAGUGUGGGGGAGGUCGAGUCGGUCGUGCAGGCCGAGGCAGCCAAGGAGGACAAGGCCUCCCUGCCGGCGGCGUGGCGCGAGCACCGGUACGAGCUCUCCCUCGUGACGAAGGCGGUGGCGGAAGAGGACGUCGCCUCGGCCCCUCGGCCGCCCGACGCGCCUCCGCCGACGCUGCUGCCGCAGGGCCCUCCUCCGGCGGCGGGGGAGGUGCAGCCUCUCGGCGGACCUCGGCGGAGCUGGGCGAAUCUCGGCGAAUCUCGGCGAACUCGGCGAACCUUCUCGUCGAGUCUCGUCGAACCUCGGCGUAGCUCGGCGGAUGAUGUCGACUCACUCCUCCGGCGGCGGGGGAGGCGUGGCGCUGUGCGAGCUGCUACAACUCGCGCUUCAAGACGAUGUGCUUCGGCGAGAACCCCGCGCCCGCCGCCGCCGCUUGCAAGUUCUGCGGCCAGGCGCAGCAGGAGGCCGGCUGGACGGUGUGGAUGCGAUACGCAGACUUGCCCGCGCCGGUCGCGCGGCGGGUGGACCGGGUGGCGGGCCCGAAGGUGCUGGCAGUACUGCGGACGCGCUGGCCGGACGUGUCGCUCUGGGCCGUCGCCGGGGAGGUCGAGGCGGAGGUGGGCACGGCGGCCGCCGCGGGCGUGACGCUGCCGGCGGUCUAG